AUGCUACAAGAAAAGACUUGGCUCUCGCUUGUCAUUGUUGUGAUCUGUUCGCGUUUCAUUUGGAGACUGUUCUUUCAUCCACUAAGCCGGUUUCCCGGCCCAAAACUGGCAGCAAUAUCGAAUUUGCCUUAUGUCAAAUGGUCACUAAACGGCGAGCUUCAUACGAAAAUCCAGAAAUUGCAUGAUCGAUACGGCGAUGUGAUUCGGAUCCGCCCUAAUGCCCUAACCUACCGGAGCGCAGAGGCCUGGGCGGAUAUCUACUCGCAUCGGAAGGCCGGCAAACCGUCUUUUGACAAAGAUCCUCAAUUUUAUAUCGCCUCGUCUAGCGGCGGUAAGCCAAACUUGAUCAAUAGUAAUAACGAGGACCAUAGUCGCCAGAAGCGGCUAUUGACACAUGCAUUUUCUGAGCGGUCCUUGCGCGAGCAAGAAGAACUGAUUCUUGGAUAUAUUGACCUCUUUAUUGGUCAAUUAGACAAGUAUGCCACCAGAAGUUCAAAUGUCCAACAUAAUGUCCUAGACCUUGUUCGCUGGCUGAACUUCCUGACAUUUGAUAUUAUUGGUGACCUUGCCUUCGGAGAGCCUUUUGGCUGCCUUAAGGACUCAGAAUACCACCCUUGGGUCAGCACCAUGUUCCAGAGCAUCAAGACAGGGGCCUUCCUUCGAGCGCUUUCGAUCUAUCCUAUUCUCGCUUUCUUAAUUCGCAAGGCAAUGCCUAAGCGUUUGAUCCAAAAACGCAUACAGCAUUACCAGCUUAGCAAAGAGCGUGUGAAUCGACGACUAGAAAUGAACACCUCGCGUCCUGAUUUUAUCUCUUAUAUCUUGAGAUAUAAUGAUGAGCGGACGAUGGAUACCUCGGAGAUCCAGACAAAUGCGGCUCUCAUCAUUCAGGCUGGCAGUGAGACCACAGCCACAGCCCUAGCAGCAUGCAAUUUCUAUCUUCAGAAGAAUAGAGACUGCUACUCCAAGCUUACUGAAGAGAUUCGCACAUAUUUUACUUCUGAGGACGAAAUGACGUUUCUAUCGGUCGCGAAGUUACCGUUCUUGAAUGCUGUUAUUGAAGAAGGCUUGCGGAUGUAUCCUCCAUCGCCAGCAAUUGGACCGCGGGUUGUCCCUAAAGGAGGAGCACCGGUUUGUGGAGAGGUUCUUCCAGAAGAUACUUCCGUAUCUGUCGCCCAUUAUUCGGCAUUCCGAGGGGCGUCUAACUUCGAAGAACCCAACUCGUUCCUCCCACAACGCUGGCUUAAGCAAGAUGGCAAAGGCAGGUUCCAGAAUGAUAAGCGCGAGGCCUUGCAACCAUUUUCAAUGGGUCCCCGUGCUUGUAUAGGUCGCAAUUUAGCCUAUGCGGAAAUGCGCCUCAUUCUCUGCAAGUUGUUUUGGAAUUUCGACAUAGACCUGGACUCGCGGGCGAACGACUGGGACAAAGCCAAAAGCUACAUUGUUUGGGAGAACCGGCCACUCUGGGUGCAUCUUCAGCGAGCCCGUCAUUUGUCAGAAAAUUGA